AUGGAGGGUGGCACUAGUCCUGAUGCGAAGCGGGCCCGUACUUCCGCGGACGGAGGCCAAACGAACUCAAAAAAUACAGCAGCAGCGGCGGCGGCGCUCUAUCCUGCCGCAGGCUGCAGCAGCGGAGGCGCCGCCGCCGCCGCGGCGGCACCCGGCUCCAUGACCGCACGCUCACGCGGUGCUGCGCCGGAGGGCGAACCCGAUCCAAUCUUUGACGACCCGGUGGUGGGGGAAGAGAUCGAGGGCUUGAUGGGAGACCCGCCCAGCGUGAGCGAUGACGAGGAGCUUGCUGCCGUUCGAAAGCAUGCUAUCGAAUCCCCGGAGACUGUCCGGGCUUUCAUCAAGGAGCGAGCAAGGAGCCUGGCGAUCGGAGCUGGCUGCCCCCACUCCCUGCCCCUCGUGACUUGGAAGGACGACCCAGCUUCCGCCGUGACAUGCGGGAAGCAUCAGGCGCAUCUGAUUGGGAACGUCGACUUGCAGGUAUGCACACAGCUGCAGCAGCGCCAGGUGUAGACUAGUCUAGCCGAUGCCGGUUAC